AUGGAAUCCCACUUGGAAGUUUCAACAUGCCUGCAGCGGUCGUGCCAAUGUGCCAGCGAGGGUCAUCGAUGUGUUGUCGACACACUCGAUCUGGCAGUCGAUAGUCGGAUCAAGGCCGUUUGUUUCCCGUUGAGGCGCAGACAUUUUGGUGAGAGUUUCCGGUCCUCACCCGAGCUCAAUAUUGACUCACCGGUGUACUCGCGCCCAGACCUGAGAAGUCUGCAGUCACCCGUGUUGAACGACGGAGUGAAUACCGUGGUGGUUGCCGCCGCAUCGACGUCGACGGGUUUCCCGGAUUUUCCCGUGACUGCAGAGACGAAAGCCGUCAGUCUGGAAACGCAGCGACCUCCGGAUGUCCGGUCAUUGAUAGCCACGCUGGAUUUGGCCGGCUGCCGUACGAUCCCUCUGGCUGUCGGGCCACCGGUGCGUCUCGGAAAUGCCAGGUCGUGCCCAGAGCUGAAAAUGCAGUCACCUGUGUACGGUGGAGUUCAGAAUACCGUCCCUACGGCACCAGUGGAAAUCCUGGCACGGUCUGAACCCCGAAAAUCCCAGUCCACCUACAGCGAGAGUCGGUGCGUUGUCGACACGCUCGAUCUGGCAGUUGAUCACAGGAUCACGGGCGUUUGUUCCCUGUUAAGGCACAGACAUUAUAGUGAUAGUUUCCAGUCGUCGCCCGAGCUCAGACUUGACUCGCCCGUGUACUGGAGCCCAGAGCUGAGAAGUCUGCAGGCACCCUUGUUAUACGACGGAGUGAAUACCGUCCAACCGGAACCAGCGGAAAUGCCGCAGAAACGGGCCAGGUCUGAACGCCACAAGUCCGCGUUUACAAGAUCGACACGGUUCAUCUGGAAGGGUCUGGUAAAUGCGGCUCGCAGACUUUGUUGCUGCCGUACUUUUGUGGACAUGGAAUGA